CGUGCAGUGAAAAAGAAUCCAAAUCAAUCAUCAUUUACAUGAUGUUCCCAUAAUACUUGGUGUUCAGUCUUUUUUUCUGAAUCUGUUUCUUUGAGAACGAUCUUUUUGAGAAUUUGAUCACUUUCUUCAAUGUAUUACUAUAACUACCACGAUUGAACAGGUCUUACCUUCAAGCGUGAUCCCCGAUGAAUGUAUUUUCCCCUCUUCCUUUCGAAUGCGGGAUGACUUUUGAUUUUACAGGCAGUAAUUAUUAACAUAAUACAAAUACUCACAGUAAAAGUAAAACUAGCUGAAGUGAUGUGCAGUACGUCAGGCUCUACGGCACUCACAAGAACUAGCAUGAUUACAAUCUUGCGAUCAAGUACGUAGAAAUGGAAAAGAGGAGGAGUUAUUUCUUCUUCACCUUCUUGUUACCCCUCUAAUAUCAAACUCACCAUCAAUAUAUACGAACAAGAAAACCAUGACGGCAUCAACAUCUUCGAGUCGUCCUGCAGAGGAAGGUGGAGGGCCUCUUUCCUCUACUACAUCCACCUCAACCAGCUCUUCUUCGGAAACAAUAUCUGAACGUUUCUACCGCUUGUAUCCAAGGCUGAAGCGUGUUUCUAACUCAGGUGAUGGAAGUUGUGCGGACUUAUCUCCCGAAGGCUUGAAGCAGCUCGUCACAGAGCUGCGUACCUUGGUAACCGAGGUAGAACGAUCCAGCGUUUUCUCAGACAACGAAGACAUCGACGACUUGCUCACUGAGGACCUGAAGUUUCUACUCCUGCCUCAAAUGGUCGGAGACGCCUUGGCCUUGGACCACAACAUGGAGACGAGGUUUAAGAGUCUGAGCAGUGCCAUCAUCUCAUGGCAGAUGUAUCUGUCAAGAGCAGGAAGGUUUAAUCUGGUGGAUGCAGAAGACCAAGACGCAGUAUUCGAAGGUAUCGAAUCGGGGACAGCGCAACAGCAGCGAGAGGGAAAGAUCUCAAGGUUUGCUUGUUCUUUCUACUUUCUUUGAUGCUAGGAGUAGUUCGAUCGUAAUAAAUUCAUGUGUAUGUGUUCCUGAAGAUGUAGUACAAAUGAAACUGCAGGUGCAGCUGUUGUAUUCUGAAGAAAAAUACCACGCAACUAACACUAUCAACAUCAAAGCUCAUGAUCUUCUUUAUAUUUUAUAAGCACCUCCUUAUUCUUUUCACACUACAACGCACAGAUACAAACGCGACCAGGAGCUUGAAAAGAAGAUAGACUAUUUUUUCGCGAGAGUCGCGAAGAUGGGAGGAGAGGAGGAAGCAUGGACAGGUGGAGGCGUAGACGAAGAGAUGGCCAGGUCCUGCAUCCUAGACCUUCUUCGGAAAGGUGUGCUUCAUUGCAUAGAGGAGGUAGCGGCAGCAAAAAGAGAACUCCCGAUGCUGGAAAUGUUCAGGUAUUUUGAUACUAUUUUUUGCAUUUCUUUCAAUGGUAUUGGUACCUUGUACUAUAGUAUAUUAAUGUCUACUUCUUGGCAUGCCUUAUAGUAAAACUGCAUAUCAUAUCGCUGUUGUAGUACGGUCUAUAGAUACUCGGCGUCAACAAUUAUGUGCACAACUAAAAACCUCAGUAUGCGCGCAGCUUCCGGUGCUCCGUUGCAGUUCCAGGGUCCAGAUGAGGACCAAAAGAAGAGGCCAUGGCAGAUUUCUAUUCGGGACCCAUCCGAACUGAAGCAGCUGUUCCAAAACAGCGUGUUCCAACCUGACAUCCCGAUGCCUACUGUGACUCUAGCUGAGUACGCAGACUACGAAAUGGCCAAGCUCGCAGACCAAAAAGCAGACAAGGACGCUGCGGUAGUGGCAGAGUAUACUGCGAAGAACCAGGAGGUAGGGCGUGGCGGACCCGUGGAUGACCAUUACAAGAAGGAGCGCGAUGAGGAGGACAUGAAAGAAGCAAAGCAGAGGAGUUGGGACGAUUGGGUUGACUUCAAUCCAAAGGGGAUAGGGAACAAAAUGAAAAACACAAGUUGA